AUGGGCUCUCUCACCGCUGAGGUAUCAUCCGAUGCCACAACCCCUACCAUUCCUCUUGGGAUAUACCUAUGGACUAGAAUUAGCCAGCAGGGUACAGAAAGCAUCAUGGGUGUCCCUGGUGACAUGAACUUAGAGCUUCUUGAUUACAUCAAGCAAGUCCCGGGCCUGAGAUGGGUUGGCAACACAAACGAGCUCAACGCAGCAUACGCUGCAGAUGGCUAUGCUCGUGUCAAAGAUUGCCCAAGCGCAAUCACUACCACUAUGGGAGUGGGAGAGAUGAGUGCCUUGAACGGUGUGGCAGGUGCCUAUACCGAACAAGUCAAGGUCAUCCACGUUGUGGGAACGACUCCGACUGAAGCGCAAAAGAACCGCGUCAUGAUCCAUCAUUGUCUAGGUUCAAACCCUGACCAUAGAGUGUUUGACAAAAUCUCGAGCCAUGUCAGAUGUGCUCACGCAUGGAUUGACGAUGCAGAUACUGCGACGGCUGAAAUCGAUCGGGUUAUCCGGGAAUGCUGGAUCAAGUCCCUGCCCGUGUACAUCUUUGUGCCAAUGGAUUUUGUGCAUAUUCCCGUAUCGGCUCGCCGUUUGGAGCAGUCAAUCGACCUGACAUAUCCUGUCAAAAUCGAAAACGAAACCCUCGCUGUUCAACAUAUCGUCAAAGCCGUCUAUCAAGCAAAGAAACCUCUUCUUCUCGUUGACGGCUUGGUAUCGCGACACGGCGCGGUCCAGGAAGCGAGACAAUUAGCAAACCUUUUAAGCCUCCCCGUUUUCACGGCUCCAAUGGGCAAGGGAAUUAUUGACGAGACCUUGCCAGUCUGGAGGGGUAUUUAUGCUGGGGAUGUGUCCACACCAGGCUUGAAGCAAUACGUCGAGGACAGCGAUUGCAUCAUCAACCUUGGCCCUUUCCUGUCUGAUAGCAAUACUGGAGGCCACAGCAGGCAGAUCGGUCUACACCAGGCUCUCAUGCUUGAACCAGACAGCUGUACGAUAUUCGGCCAGAAGUUUGAUGAAGUAUUUCUGCGGCCUUUGUUGAAGAAACUACUGUUUGCAUUCGAGGGCGGAAAGAUCCCUCCUGUUCCUCUGCCAACAUUUCCCGAGGAAAACGAAACCGAUUCUGAUAGCAACGAGAUCAGGCAGUCCUGGAUCUGGAAGCGGAUCGGCCAAUUUUCCAGACCAGGUGAUGCCAUAGUUGUUGAGUCGGGCACAGCACAAUUCGGCUUCCCUGAUGCCAUUCUCCCCAACGACAUCAAGUACAUCACACAAGUGUACUUUGGCUCCAUAGGCUACUCGGUUGGUUCGUGCCUAGGUGCUGCAUUGGCCCAGUCUGAGAUUCAGACUAGGGGUGGCAUGCCCGGCGGACGGACUAUUCUGGUAGUUGGCGAUGGGAGUUUGCAGCUGACUGUCCAGGAGAUAGCGACCAUGAUCCGGCACGGGUUGGCGCCCCUGCUACUCGUCAUCAACAACAACGGCUUCACCAUUGAAAGGGCCAUUCACGGACCAGAAGAAGAGUAUAACGACAUCUCACAGUGGCGGCACCAGCAACUCCUCGAAACCUUUGGUGCACGCAACGGUCGAGCAAACAGCCGCGAGGUCAAGACUAGAGAGGAGUUGGAACUGGUGCUCAACUCUGCGAGCUACUUGGACCCAAAGGAAAUUCAGCUGCUCGAUAUUUUCAUGGGGACGUAUGAUUACCCGUGGAGGCUGGAGAAACAGAUAGCUUUGAUAAAUGCGAGAAACGCAGCAAAGAAGAAGCAGGCUCUGGUGAAUGGUACUUCUUAG